UAUCUAACACUUUGGGAAAAAUUGCAAGAAAGUGCUUUAGUCAUCAAAAUGAGCAUAUUUAAUGAGAUGUAUGAGAUAUCUCCCUCGACAGUAAUACUGUUAGCAGUGCAUUGAAAAUGUUACGUAUCUUGGUGCUCAUAAGUGUUUUCCUUGGUGUUUUUCAUUCACCAGCAGAAGCUCAAAACAGGGCUCCAUCUCUUCCCCCAACCCCUACGGAAAUUUUACGUCAUCAUGGGUAUACAGCAGAAGAACAUUCUGUUACAACACCUGAUGGCUAUAUUCUGAAGUUACACCGCGUACUUCCACAUGGUGGCAAUGAAUCCUCCACACAUCAAGUGGUAUUCCUGCAACAUGGUGUCUUGGGAUCUUCUGCGGAUUUUCUUCUCCAGGGACCUCAGCAAUCUCUUCCGCUUCAGCUUGCUGAUGCUGGAUAUGAUGUAUGGCUUGGAAAUUUUCGUGGUAAUACCUACUCGAGAAAGCACAAUACUCUAAGUGCAAUGGAUCGUAAGUUCUGGGACUUUGAAUGGCAUGAAUUGGGUGUAUUGGAUUUGCCAACCAUGGUCAAUUACGCAUUGUUGGUGACUGGUGAGAAGAAGUUGCACUUUGUCGGUCAUUCUCAGGGAGCAACAGCUGCUUUUGUCCUGCUAUCUAUGCAACCACAGUACAAUCGAGCUUUCAGAACAGUUCAAGCCCUUGCUCCAGUUACUUUCAUGAAAUACACCAAGUCCCCCUUUUUCAAAACACUAUCUCGCAUGACUUUUACCCCAGAUGUUGUGUCUGACUACUUGGGUUUGGGAGAGUUUGUACCGUCGGCAAGGAUGCUGGAUUUGGGUGGAAGGAUGCUCUGCAAAGACCAUGCAGCAACACAGUCUCUGUGCCUGAAUACCUUGUUCCUGCUUUCUGGUUUCGAUUCUGACCAAUUAAACAAGACUCUGCUGCCUGAAGUAUUUUCUCGGCAUCCAGCUGGGUCUUCCAUCUAUGAAUUAAUUCAUCAUGCCCAAAAUGUAAAGAGUGGAAAUUUUGCCCAGUAUGACCAUGGCACUGUUGGUAACCUAAAGAGAUAUGGAUCAACAAACCCACCCUCCUACGACCUAACGAAGAUUUCAGCAUCUGUGACACUGCACUACGCUCAAAAUGAUUGGCUCUCAUCGACGGAGGAUGUUGAACGCUUGGCACAGAAACUACCCAAUUGUAAUGGCAAAUAUCUCGUGGCUGCUCCCAAGUUCAGUCACUAUGACUUUAUGUGGGGUACUGAUGUCAAGCAACAAGUUUAUGAUAAAGUUCUUAAAGUGCUGAAUAAACCAUAAUCUUGAUUGUAUGAUAUUGUAAAAUUCAAUAACAAAUUGUUUCCUCUCUAUGUACACAAAAUCCAUGUCAACAAAUGAAUAAAGUUACAAUAUAUCCUUUGUGAGAAUCAAGAGGGAAAUCUAAAACAAGCAA